AUGCGUCUUAUUACACAUACACAUACAAUAUUUAAACCUUAUGCCCGUUAUUGGUUAACAUUAAUAAUUCAUAUGUGUAAUCAAAUGUUUGAAAAAUCUUCAGAAGGUUUAAAUACAUUUCUUAUUGAUACAAUUGUUAUAUUAUUAUCAUGGAAUACAAUCGCUAUACCAAGUGAACUUGAUAGAACAUCAGUACAACGUCUUUUAGAAUAUUUAUUUCUUAAUUGUACACAUAAAAAUUCUCUUGUUAUGAAAUCAAAUUUAGAUUUAAUUAAAAAAUUAAUUGAAUUAUGGAAUGAACGCAUAUAUUCACCAACAUUAAUUCUAUAUAAAUUAAUAUCUGAUCAAGAUAUUAAAUCAAAAUAUAAUGCUAUAGGUUUAUCGUUAAUUGGAAUAUUAUUAGCUAAUAAUAUAUUACCUUAUAAUGAAAUAAAUGAUUUAACUAAAGAUAAAUUUAAUGAAAUAUUAUUAAAAAAUAUGAAAAAUUCUUUUCGAAAUAGUUAUGCAGCAGCUGCAGAAGUUGUUGGAAUGUUAUUAAAUGUUAAAAAAUUAAAAUGUCAAUCAAAUGAACGUU